AUGAGUACCACCAUUAAAUCGAAGAAUAUUUUUAUAUUUUUCUUCCUUAUAAUAACAUUAUUCUGCGUACCGAUUUUUUCCCAUUGUGAGGAUUAUUUUGAUGUGUUGGAUGAUAAUGCAAAAAGGAGUGUUGCGUGUCCGCUAAUAAAGGAUGAUUUGUCAAGAUUUUCUAAAAGGGAUGACGACGACGAAUUGAAAAUAAAAAUAUCAAAAUUUAAUUGCGAUAAUGCAACCGAAGAAACUUGUAAAAAUGUUAGAAAGACUUUUGAUGAUGCCGCUAGGAUCAUUUCAACAACUUUCAUUUUGAAAAAUACUAUAAACUUGGAUGUGAACUUCACCAACUUUUGUAUAUCCAAACCUAGUUUGUGUGACGUAAAAGGCGGAAGGGUCAUUAUAGGUGGCGCCAGAUCGGCACGAAACAUGCUAUUGUUGGAUGAAGAUGAUGUAACUCGAUUCUAUCCCCAAUCAUUAGUGAAACAAUUUGAAUUUAAAACGCAUCCAGAAUUUAUAUCAAUUGAUAUAAUAUCAUCAUUUAAUUCCAUUGUCGAUUGGUAUUUUCCAUCGCAAAAAGCACCAAUUCGACCAAAGCAACGUGACAUGCUUUAUGUUGUUUUACACGAAUUAAUGCACGGUAUGGGUUUCUUCACAUUUUGGGGGGAUUUCUUGGUCUCCGAUGAUCCGAAUGACGUUCUCAUCACAACCCGCCCAGAUAUCACAAGCGUUGAGAAUCAAACCGUUUUCAAUGGAUUUAAGGAAGCUGCAUUUGAUAGAUUAUUGAUAUUUAACCGUGAUCAAACGAGACUAACUAAGGUUUCGGAUAAAUUGAACAAAUUUGCCAAGGCUGGUACAAAAUUUAAGAGUGAUGUCGACUUUAUACGUAAAUUCCUAGAUUCGAAACAAGUUAAUGUAGCACGAGAGAUGACAAAAGUAACCACUACUCCAGAAUCAAUUUCCUCUAUCCCCAACUCUUCCGAAAAAGUGAUUUUGGAAACUUCCAUAAAGCCUUUUCAAGCUGGUGCAAGUAUUACUCAUGUUGAUGAGAAAACCUUACUUAACACUACCGAUUUUUUAAUGACAUUUAUACCGGUUCCUGGUAAAACAUUAAAGGAAUUAAUAACACAGGUGGGAGGUAAAGGUCCCAUUGGUCCAAAAUUAAAAUGCAUCAUGGAAAAUUUAGG